CGCGUCUGACACAUAUAUAAUUUUUAUUUUCAGCAACAAACCCUAUCCUAUAAUAAUAAUAAUCUUUAUUAUCCGUAAGGAAAUUUGUCUUACAAUUUGUGCAUUACCAAACAAAAAACAUUAUAACUAUAAGAAACCAAAGUGUACAUUCACACCAGACUCACUCAUAAUUUACAUGUGACAAAUAUUCUUCAAUGUGUUCUAAUUCUUUGAAAUACUCAUUUACGUCUGAGCUCUCUGAGAGCAGGGCAAGAAGAGCCGCAUCAUCAGCGAAUUUUGUGAAGGAGCAACAAGAACUAUCGGAUUGAAAAUCAUUGGUGUACAAAAUGAACCACAUAGGCGAUGUCACAGCCCCCUGGGGCGCCCCUGUGUUAACUAUGCGUUCAUUAGAUAUAACAUUGUUUACCCUAACCCUCUGAGCUCUCUGGGUCAAAAAUUCAUUAGCCCAUAGUAUUAUGUAUGGACUAAUCUGCAACGCUUUCAUCUUUUCAAUGAGUAAAUGAAGUUGUAUAGUGUUAAAAGCUGAUGAGAAAUCAAUAAAGAACAAUCUUACAUAAGUGUUCGGAAUAGCCUUUAUUGGAAUUGUACAGCCACACAAUUAUAAUGAUACCGGUACUAUGACAAAAUUGGAUUUAUAAGCUGACAAAUGUCAUUCGAAAAUUGUUUAAAAGUUUAAGCAUAUAUUGCUUUUAGAAACUCUUAUCAUGGAUGACAUAAGGCAUGACUUUACUAAUGAACUUAAAACUAUCCUAAAAAGUGAGGAGAUAGAUUGGUCAUUAGAAUCAGAGAUGACAGACGACAGUUCAAUGUAUGAAACUUCUAAAUUAAGUUUAGAAGAACAGACACAGAAAUCUGAAGAACAAAUUCAUUUAGUGCCAAUGAUGGAUGACUUGAAACAAGAUUCUACCAACAAUCUCUGCAAUGUUAUGAAAAAUGAGAAGACAGAAUUGUCUUUCUAUCCAGAGACAUCAGAAUUCACCUUCAUUGGUCAAACCUGGGAAUCAAUUUUAUCAGAGCAAAAAAUAAAUCCAAAUCAAGAUAUGGCUUCAAACCAAGAUAAACCUAGAAACUCUCCUAACAAAGAUGUGCAUGUUGGAAACCUGGAAGAUGAAGAACAAAAUAGUUCAAAUGUAAAUAGAACGCUCCAGCUGGUUUCUGCUGAAAAACCAUUCUCUACUUCAUCAAUCUCUAAGCAUUGCUUUAGAAAAACAUUUAAGUGUGACUUAUGUCAAAAACAAAUCUUUCAUAAAUAUAGUUUAAAAGUUCACCUGGCAUUUCAUUGUGGAAUCAAAAAAUUCAAAUGUCAAAUUUGUCUAAAAGAAUACACUUGCUCCUCAAGCUUAAAGAUGCAUGAGAUGAUUCAUUCUGGUAAAAAGCAAUUUAAAUGUCGAAUUUGUCUAAAAGAAUUCUCAGCCUCCUCUACUUUUAAAAGACAUGAGUUGAUUCAUUCUAGUAACAAGCCAUAUAAAUGUCAAAUUUGUCUAAAAGAAUAUACUUGCUCCUCAAGUUUAAAAAUGCAUGAGAUGAUCCAUAGUGGUAAAAAAACAUUUCAAUGUCAAAUUUGUAAAAAAGAAUUUACCCAAUCCUCUAAUUUAAAGCAGCAUGAAAAUAUUCAUUCUGAUAAAAAGCAAUUUAAAUGUCAAAUUUGUCUAAAAGAAUUCUCUACUUCCACAAAUUUAAAAAAGCAUGAGAUGAUUCAUAGUGGUAAAAACCUAUUUCAAUGUAAAAUUUGUCUUAAGGAAUUAACUAAAUAUUAUUUAAAAAAGCAUGAGAUACAUCAUAAGUUGUAAGAAAGCCAAAUUGUCAAAUUUGUAAAAAAGAAUUUAGCCCAAUCCUCCAAUUUAAAGGAGCAUGAAAUUAUUCAUUCUGGUAAAAAGCCAUUUUAAUGUCAAAUUUGUCAAAACAAAUUCAUUACAUCAUCAGCUGUAAAACAUCAUGUAAUGAUCCAUACUUGUAGAAAGCUAUUUAAUUCUGGUAAAGAGACAUUUAAAUGUAAAAUUUGUCUAAAAGAAUUCAAUCACUACACAAAUAUAAAAAAGCAUGAGAUGAUUCAUAGUGGUAAAAAGCUAUUUAAAUGUCAAAUUUGUCUAAAAGAAUUCUCUGCCUCCUCAAGUUUAAGAAUGCAUGAGAUGAUUCAUUCUGGUAAAAUGCCAUUUAAAUGUCAAAUUUGUAAAAAUGAUUUACCAGAUCCUCCCAUUUAAAGCAGCAUGAAAAUAUUCAUUCUGGUAAAAAGCAAUUUAAAUGUCAAAUUUUUCUAAAAGAAUUCUCUACCUCCUCAAAUUAAAAAAAAGCAUGAGAUGAUUCAUAGUGGUAAAAAGCCAUUUAAAUGUCAAAUUUGUAAAACAGCAUUUAGUCAAUCCUCUAAUUUAAAGGAGCAUGAAAUUAUUCAUUCUGAUAAAAAGCCAUUUAAAUGUCAAAUUUGUCAAAACAAAUUCACUACAUCAUCAGCUUUAAAACAUCAUGUGAUGAUCCAUACUUGUAAAAAGCUAUUUCAUUGUCUAAUUUUGAAAAGUAAAAACGGUUGGUAUUUGUGCCUGCCACAUGACACCCUCGUUAACUUUGGGCAAUAGAAACAGAUGCCCUUAAAAAUCAUCUGCCCUAUAGAUCAUAAAUUCUGAAAGGGGAACUAACAAGCUAUUUCAAUGCUAAAUUGGUCUAAAAGAAUUCACUCAUUCCUCAAAUUUAAAACAGCACAAGAUAUUUAAUUCAUUUUCAUGAAAAGCCAUUUGAAUGUAAAAUAAUCAAUUUUAAAACAGCACCAGAUGAUUCAUUUAGAUAAAAAGUCAUUGUUCAAUUUGUAAAAAAAAAUAAAAAAUCAUGCAGUUCUCUAAUUUAAGAAAACAUGAGGCUUCAUUUUGGUAAAAAGCCAGUUAGAUGAAAUUUUUCUUUAAAUGAGCUCUCUCAUUCCUCAUUUUUAAAACAGAAUGAGAUGAUUUACAUAUUUAUACACACAAAAUGGUGACUCUUUAGCAGAUAAGGCGUUUUGUGUACUUGAAUUUGCAAAAACAAUUCUCAUUGUCACAGGGCAGAAACCUUUUCAGUGUGGCCAGGUUAAAGACCAAGUUUUUAUUGUUAGUAAAUAUCAAUAGCAUGAAAGAUUGAGCAACAGCUGCUAACAACACAUAGGAAGGGGACAUCCUGGAGUGCUUUUGGGAGGAAUUUUCAUAUCAGCUUGAUGCUGUCCUGGUGUUGUUGGUCACAUUGAGCAUCUUGGACAAAAAACUUGAAGUUAUUUGAGAAUCUUUUGUCCUAUUAUGCAUAAUUCUUUUUAUCGUUAAAUAUAGCACAAUGGUUUUGGCAUAUUCUUUUUAAAGCAUCAUGUGUGUAUAUAUAUAUAGUUCACAUUCAACCAGAAUGGAUUAUUCCAAAUGUAACUUAGAUUAUUUUUUAUUUUUUUAAAUAUAUUUACAAGAAUAAGUCUUGAUAAAUAAUACAAUAUUUUGAACAUCAAAUAACAUGCCAUGGUUUACUGUAACACAAAAGUAAUUAGGCUUGUCUUUGGGUCCAAAGAUUAAUGAGGAAUGCAGUAUUUCCCAUGGCUAUGCAGUCCCAGCUGUGACCUAAAUAUUUUGCCAUUAAUGAUUUAUAAUAAUGAAACGAAUAUGUGUCAAUAAUUUAACAUGUUAUUCUGGUAUCAUGUUUUAGAGAACUUUCUGCUCUUCCUUUAAAGUAUGAAGGGCAUAUUAUUUGUUAACAAUAACAUGUAUUACAAACUAAUGUUAGUGAAAAAGAGAUUCAAUUUAUAGUUAUAUUUAGAUAAUUUUAUGCAUAAUGACCUGCAAAGCCAGUUGCAAUGCUGUUCUAUGAUUUAUUUUGAAUAUUGAGACUUUAUUUUAUGCUAAUUUAAUAAACUGAAAAUCAGAACUCUCUAUAUGAGCAGGACAAUGUCUAAACCAGGCUUCUGUAUAAUAUUCACAAUGAAAUAAAUUCUUUUAAAAUGAAGAUGUGUACACUUGAUGAAUAUGUUUUGUUUGUUGAUGCAAGACAUGAAGAUAUUAUGAUAAUAAAAAUAUAUGAUAAAUAAGUUUUGAAUGUCAUUCUCUGAAACACUUUGAAAUGGGAGUAGAAUGGUGAUACUAGUCCAUGAAUAUAGAUGACAUAAAGGAAUAUUGAUAAUAAAAAAUGUUUUUUCAAAUAAAAUUAAAUACAUAUGACAGUUUUUUUUUUAAAUUGUACUUAAUGAGCAUAAAGUCUUGAUUCAAUUGAAUUCUUUUCAAAUAAAGGUCUUCAAUUAAUACCUA